AUGACCGAGCAAGCACCAGAAACCAACAACGAAACCAGGCCGGAAAGCGACUACUCACGUCCUACCAAACGCGACCCUCGCGGUAUGCGCACCGGCUACACCACCGGCACGACCGCUGCCGUCGCCGCCAAGGCUGCGGUAAUCCUGAUGCUGUCCGGCGCCGCUCCUGAAGAAGUCUCCGUGCCUCUGCCCGGCGGUAUCGGGCGCGCCACCCUCGCCAUACACCAGAGCUGGCCGAUGGAUCCCUCCGAAGGUGUCCGCUGCUCGGCCAUCAAAGACGGCGGGGACGACCCCGACGUAACCCACGGCGCCGAAAUCAUCGUGGGCGUGUGGCGGCUGCCCGACGGGAACAAGGGCUUGCACAUUACCGGCGGGCCGGGCGUAGGCACCGUAACUCGACCCGGCACCGGCGUCGAGGUCGGAGAGCCCGCAGUAACCCGCGUGCCACGCCGCAUGAUGGCAGAUGCAGUAGCAGAAGGGUUGGUGGAAUGCGGUUGGCCUCCGGACACCGGCGUGCGAACCCGUAUUUCAGUACCCAACGGCGAGGAAAUCGCCAAGGAAACUACCAACGCCCGCCUGGGCGUGCUCGGCGGUAUCAGUAUCCUGGGCAGCACUGGAGUCGUUCAGCCCUUCAGCACCGCGGCGUGGCGAGCCAGCGUGCAUCUGGCGAUUGACGUCGCCGCCACCAACGGCCUCGAUCACCUCGUCCUGUCGACCGGCACCCGCAGCGAAGAAUACACGCGACUCCUCCUGGAUUUGCCGGAUAUGGCCUACGUCGAAGCCGGCAUUUUCUCUGGCCCUUCGAUGAAACGCUGCCUGAACAAAGGCAUCAAAAGAGUCGCCCACGUCGGCAUGGUGGGCAAGUUCUCUAAAAUGGCGAUGGGCUAUUUCGUAACCCACGUGGCCGGCAAUCAGGUGGACACCGAUUUCCUUGCCAGCCUCGCGGCACAGUGCGGCGCCCCAUCAAAUCUGCAGGAAGAAAUGCGAAACGCCGCCAGCGGUCGCCAUUUUCAGGAACUGGCCCAGCAGCACAACGUCAUGGGUGUGUUCCCCCUGAUGUGCCAACUGGUCUGCGACCAGGCACACACCUACCUGGGCCCAGGUGGUGAAGCCCUCAUCGUGGAUGCCCUGUGCUUUGAUUUUGAAGGACAUUUGCUUGGUUCAGCCAGCACAUCGGCUGACGGCAUUCCCAUGCGGGAACCAGCGUAG